AUAAACCAUCACAAGGCAUAAAUUAGAGCAAAACAACAAAUACGCUGUUCACACAAUACAAAGUACGCCCAGAAAACAAAGACGCAAACAGUGACACAAUUUAACGGGCCGUGUUUUCAACGUUUUCAAGUUCUAAUGUGCAAAGACAUCGAGACAAGUUCCGGGAAAAAAAACUAAAUUCCACAAUUCAGUUUUAGAAAAAUAUAUCAUCACACGGGAAGAAAAUGGAUGGCGAUAAGAUAUCACUCAAGCUGGCCGUGAUAUCGAUCCAAAAGUUCAACCAAACAAUUCCCCAGUAUUUAAGUUUACUGAAAAACCACAAAUGCAACAUCGAAAAGGCUGGUUCCCUAAAGGACUGGGACAGAAUCAAACGGGAGCAAAUCAACGCCACACGGGUGAUCAAGCAGAUGAAAUAUUUGAUUCUGGAAAUCGACAAGGUGCGCAGUAAAGUUCGCGACAGUGAUCUCGAGCAGUUCGAUGAUGAAAUCUCCGAGGCAAAGCGGCUAGCUUUUACGGGAAUGGGCGAGUAUUUAGAAAUGCAAGAAAAAUUCGCCUCCCGUUCCCAGUCAUCUUACAGCUUCCAGGAUGACGAUUGCGGUCAGCUGGAAGAAGGACAGCAGGACAACCAAUACGGCAGCUAUCUGGCUCAGGUUCCAAAGAUUACCAGCAGUUACGACCGCGAGGAGGACGAAAUUCGACAUCGAGCGGAGUGCUUGAAGGAGAUGCAGAACCUUCAGCGGGAGAUUAUCGACAUCCAGGAACUCUACCAAACGGUACACACGCUGGCUCACGGUCAGGCGCAAAUGGUCGAUGCGGUAGAGGAGAAUGUCGAAGUUACCCAGAUUCACGUGGAAGCCGGAGAAACGGCCCUGAGGAAGGCUCUGCGAUAUCAGAAAGCUAUCUAUCCGAUGUGCGGCGCCCUGCUGGGGUCCUGUAUAGCGGGACCAAUUGGACUGGUUGUUGGCCUAAAGGCGGGUGGACUGGCCGCUAUCGGGGGAGGAUUGGCUGGAUUCGCCGGAGGAAGGUACAUCAAAAAUGAGGAAGGCUCAGAUGCCGUGGAUGCCAUUGACGCAGGUGAUAAAGGAGAGGAAAUAGGUGCGAAUGGUGUGAUAAUCGCCGAAUCGAAACAACCCAUCUGUGAGAGGAGUGAAUGACGAUUGAGGCACUUUUGUAACAUUCAGUAGACUUCUAGGAAAGGUAUCAUGGAUAGGAAUUUGUUGUUCUGGUUUCUUGCCUGUUGAAUCUCCAAUGCUUAUUGGGGAGUGAAAUAAUGUUGGAUUGUCUAAAUAGACAAUUAUCACUGUCGCCGCAAGCUUCUACGUCGUUACAGCUACACAUUACGGCGGAAGUCCAUACUAGAUUAUAAAAUAUUGAUGAAAUUAUGCGGAAUAAACUAUCUGACUUAUACAAUAAUUAUUCCAAUUUAAACGCUGUUACAGCAAAUUUGUAGAUGCUGACUAAGAAUUGAUAUUUAUAUUUGACUUUUAGAUAUGAUAUUCUCAUAACUUGAACUAAAGUUAGGGAAAAAAUCGGUAAUAAACAUGCUAAGACAAAUGAU